GGAUAAACGUUGACCCCACUUGGUUCUCGAAGUCCAUUUUGGGAGACGCUCCCGACGCUCAACCAUAUUGAACGUUGUUGACGCCUCAUUCGAUCAAAUAGUGUGAUACAUUGAAAGCACAUAUGACUUAUGAUGGAUGAAGGCUGGAGCAGAAGAACAUAAAGAAUGGUCGCGGGCUCGCGGGGAGGGAGCCUGAGGCAUCAGGAGAGCCCUCCCAAGGCAACUAUCAAGUACAAAAAGCAAGCCGGUGGAAAUGACCCCACCACUCAGGCGAAGAAGCUCCCGAGCCAGCAGGUCGCGGAGCUGUCUCAGCCGGUCAAGGAUGUGGAGGGUUGGCGGCCGCGGCCGCGCAUUAUUGAGCACCUAAACAUUGCAGACUUCAGCCAUCAUGUUGACUGCAAGGUGCCCAUUGAUGAGCCCAUAUUUCAGCCCUUCCCGCCGGAGGUCACGUUCCACAACUACGAGCCGUUCCAAACCUAUGAGGCGACGCUGUACCUGCGGAACAACGACAAUGUGUCCCGGCGUGUUAAGGUGCUGCCCAUGGACUCGCCGUACUUCUCGGUGCGGCGGGCGGCGCCCCCCGCCGCCGGCAAGGAGGACAACAAGGUGGCCACGGGCAUGGAGGUGGCCUUCACGGUCACCUUCAAGCCCGAGUCGCGCGACGACUACUCCUGCGACCUGGUGGUGUGCACGGAGCGGGAGAAGUUCGUGGUGCCGGUGCUGGCGGUGGGCGCGUCCGCGGCGCUGGACUUCCCGGACCUGGUGGACUUUGGCAGCGUGGCCACAAAGGUGGAGACGAAGCAGACGCUGUUCGUGCGCAACGUGGGCAGCAAGGCGGCGCACUUCAGCCUGUCCGCGCCGCCGCCCUUCACCGUGACGCCUACGGCGGGGCACCUGUCGCCUGGCGAGACGCUGCAGUGCUCGGUGGUGUUUGAGCCGCCCAGCACGGGCCGCUACGAGGGGGAGCUGGAGAUCCAGUACGACAGCGGGCGCUGCGUGUACGCGCAGCUGGUGGGCGCUGGGCAUGAGCUGGAGGUGGGGCUCUCGCAGGGAGUGGUGACCAUGCUGUCCACGUUCGUGACGAAGAGCAGCCAGAAGACGUUUAAGAUCAUCAACAACAGCGACGUGAGCGUUAAGUACAGCGUGAAGCAGCGCUCCACGGCGGAGCAGGACAUGGCGCUGACGGCGCAGCGGCUGGGCACGCUGACGGCCACGCAGAUCGGCGGCGGCUACCACAGCGGCGGAGCCGGCGCCGACAACGGCGACGGCGACGCGUCGUCGGAGGACGAGGACACGAUCCUGGCUGCCGCCGGCCCGCAGCUGACUCGGCGGUUGCACAAGGCGCAGCGGGACGCGCUGCUGGACUCGUACCUUUUCACCGACCGCAACUUCUCCGUGAACCCGGCGGAGGGCACCAUCUGGCCGCGCAGCGAGGUGGAGGUGGUGGUGACGUUCAGCCCGGACCACGCGCGCGAGUACGAGGUGGUGGCGUACGUGGACGUGGCGGGCCGCGCCGACCGGCUGCCGGUGGUGUUCAAGGGUCGCGGCCUGGGCCCUGCCGCCGUGUUCAGCUACGACGUGCUGGAUGUGGGCGACACCUGGGUCAACACGCUGCACCAGUACGAGGUGGAGCUGCAGAACCGCGGCAAGAUUGAUGUCGACUACCGGCUGGUGCCGCCGGGCAGCGCCUUCGGCACGCGCUUCAGCUUCGAGCCGCCGGCGGGCCGGCUGAGCGGCGGGCAGAUCCAGGUGAUUAAGGUGAAGCUGCUGUCGGACCUGCUGGGCACCUUCGACGAGACGUUCGCGUGGCAGAUCAAGGGCAGCAGCGAGCCGCUGAGCCUGCAGUUCAAGGGCCGCGUGUGCGCGCCGUCGUUCGAGGUGGACGUGGAGGGGCUGGACUUUGGCGUCUGCUCCUACGGCUUCAGGUACACAAAGGAGUUCACGCUCACCAACACCAGCGAGAUCCCGCUGCGCUUCGCCUGGCGCGUGCCGUCCGACACGGAGGAGCCCAAGGAGUUCCAGAUCCUGCCGGGCAAGGGCACCAUCCUGCCGCACGGCAAGGUGAAGAUCAACGUGGAGUUUGUGAGCCGCACCGUGCAGCGCUACCGGACCGAGCUGGUGAUGGACAUCCCUGGCGUGGCGGAGCGCCAGCUGGUGCUGCCGCUGCUGGGCGAGUGCGCGGUGCCCAAGCUCAGCCUCUACUCGCGUACCAUGGAGUUCGGCGAGUGCAGCCUGCGAUUCCCCUACAAGCAGGAGAUGCGCAUUGUGAACGAGUCCAAGCUGCCCGCCAAGUUCGAGGUGGUGCCGCAGGACAGUGCCUCGCUGGGCCUCGCCACAUUCACGGUGGAGCCCUCCAGCGGCGGCAUCCCCGCGCGCGGUGAGCAGGUGGUGGAGCUGACCCUCACAACGCACACGCUGGGUCGAAUCCAGAUCCCGGUCAAGGUGAAGGCACUGGGCUCCAAGGCCGCACCGCUGGAGUUCAUUGUGAACGCAAAGUGUGUGGGGCCGCAGCUGGACUUUGGCGAUGACCCCGACAACCGCACCACCACGCCGUCGCUGUCCUUCGACAAGGUGCCGGUGCUGAAGGAGCAUUCGCUGCCGCUUGUGAUCAACAACUGCUCCGCCAUCCCCGCCGACUUCAAGCUGUUCAUCGAGUCCAAGGACUCGGUGUUCUCGGUGGAGCCGCGCCAGGCGCACCUGGAACCGGGCGACAGCCUGACGGCGCACGUGAUGGUCAAGAUGGACGAGAGCAUGGACUUUGCGGACACGCUGCACGUGCUCAUCCAGGAGGGCGCUGACAUGGCCAUCCCGCUGACCUCCAGUGGUGUGGGCAGUGCCAUCGUGGCUGAGGAGUUCGCCAGUGGGCUGCUGGACUUUGGCUACCAGUUCGUGGGGCGGCCGUUCACCAAGGAGGUCACGGUAUACAACAUGGGCCGCAAGAUGGUGAUGCUGGCCUGGAGCUCCAGCCGGUAUGAGGAGCUGAAGAAGGAGUACGCCAAGGCCAACCGCGGCGCGGGCAAGAAGUUUGACAUCGUGCUGAUCCCGCAGGAGCAGCAGCCCGUGUUCUCCAUCACGCCCGACAAGGUGCAACUGGGGCCCAAGGAGGCCGCCACCUUCACCGUCACCGGCAAUGCGCUGGCUGCGGGCGAGGUGCGCGAGGCGCUCACCUGCAACGGCACCUUUGGCAACAACGCCAAGGGCACGAAGAAGGUGUUCGAGACCACCAUGCGCGCUGACGUGGCCACGCCGCUGCUGCACUUCUCCGACCGGCUCAUGCACUUCCGCUACACCUACAAGAAGGGCGCGGCCAUCGAGACGCAGACGCGGCCGCUGACCAUCAAGAACGUGUCGCCGCUGCCGCUCACGUUUGGGUUGCGGCCGCAGCCGCCCUUCACCGUGGACCGCACCAGCUGGACUCUGGACCUGGAGGAGAGCGGCACUGUCAACGUCACGUUCGACCCCAACUUCAAGGACGACCUGCAGAGCAUGCAGAGCCGCACCAAGCUGUCCGUGGUGUACUCGGACAACCCGCAGCGCGACAGCGUGGACCUGCACGGCGACAUCGAUUUCCCCAACCUGGCCUUCGAGACCACCACCGUCGAUUUCGGCAGCGUGCUGUUGGACACCACGCGCCGCGUGCCGGUGCGCGUGGUCAACUCCUCCAACGUGGACGUGGUGUACAGCUGGGCCUGGGACAAGUCGUCGGUGCAGGAGGACGUCAACUCCAUCGCCUCCAUGUCGCUGCGGCAGGGCCGGCCCAAGCCACCGCCCACGCAGCUGUUCGACGUGAUGCCCAUCCGCGGCGUGCUGCGCCCCGGUGAGGCCGAGACCAUGACCUUCUCCUUCUUCGCCUACCCCGGCAUGCGCGCCUCCUGCUCCGCGGUGUGCCAGGUGGAGGGCGGCCCGCUCUACACGGUGCAGCUGGCGGGCGAGUCCAACAACAUCAAGUACUCGGUGGAGCCGCAGGGCAUGGAUUUCGGGCAGCAGCUGUACGACCGGGCGGUGGAGCGCGAGCUGACACUCACCAACAGCGGCAAGGUGCCCUUCACCUUCAACUUCAACUACAGCCGGCUGUCGCGGCCGGGCAUUGUGGAGGCGACGCCGUCCAGCGGCGCCAUCGCGCCGCUGACCAAGGAGGUCAUCAAGGUGCGCGUGUGCCCCGGCAUCCCCGAGAAGCUGACGGAGACGCUGCUGGUGGAGGUGGCGCACUUCGAGCCCAUCCCGCUGGCCAUCAGCGUGGAGGGCACCUACGCCGCCGUGUCGCUCAACCUGCCGCGCCACCGCGACGAGACGUUUGUGGACUGCCUGGAGAAGGCACGUGCCGCCAUCAUCGCGGCAGCUCUGUCGCACGUGCCUGCAGAUGAGCCCAACGCCCCCGACGAAGCCGCCAUGUCACUGGCGGGCGGCCGCGACGGCACUGGCUCUGUCGCCUCGCCGACGCGGCCCACGGCCGCUGGGCGCAGCAUCCGCGGCGGACCAGACGCCGUCGGCUCCCGCAGCAUUGCGGGGGCGCGCAGCGUGGCCGGCGCCGGCUCGCGCAGCCUGGCGGCCUCAAAGAGCAUGGCGCGACCGCCGGGCACUGCGAUGCAGCGGGCGCAGUCGGCGCACUCCACUGCGGGCCAUGGCGGUGCGCAGCUGUCCUCGGAGAAGAAGAUAGAGGUGGAGGCGGAGCGGCUGCGGCUCAUCACGCUGCUGAUGGAGCGCGAGGCGGAAAAGCGGAGGCAGCAGGAGCAGGCGAACGCGCAGCCGGGUUUGCCGGACGCCGUGGCCGCGGCGGACGGCAACCGCGGCGGGCAGCCCAGCCCUGGUGCGCUGGCGGCACUCCAGCGGCAGCAUGGCAAUGCUGACGGCAACCAGAGCCCCACCGCGUCGCAGGCAGGCGACGCGCGCCGCCGCCGUGCCAGCGGUGGUGGUGCUGCCAGUGUGGCGCCAUCGGCGCUGCGGCGCCAGCGCUCCAACAAUUCUCUGGCCAUUUCCACCGUCACCGGCUUCGCCGGCCGCGCCCCCGCUGCCGUCGUUGACCCGCUGGCGCCGGAGGAGGAGGGCAGGCGCGCACGGCCGCUCAGCCUGCAGCCCGCGCUGCCGUCUCUUGCCGUCGCGCACUACGUGUUGGACUUUGGCUACGUGGUCAAGGGCCUGACGCGCACGCGCAAGUUCAAGCUGACCAACACCAGCAACCAGCAGGUGUCGUUCCGCUUCGACAAGACGCUCCUGGAGAACAACGGAUUCAAAGUGGACCCCGAGGUGGUCAGCCGGCUGCCGGGUGCGCCCGAGUUUGCGAGCGUGGAGGUGGCGGUGACGCUGCAAGCCAACAAGAGCACGGUGCAGCCGGGGCUGCUGGAGCUGUCGUACCCCAUCACCAUCAAGGGCUCGCCGCCAGUGCUGCUGACGCUCAAGGCGCACGUGCAGGUGCCGGACCUGAAGCUCAGCACCGAGCUCGUGGACUUCGGGGCCUGCCAGACGGGCCAGUGCAAGGUGUUCACUGUGCAGCUGCACAACCACAAGCAGGUGCCCUGCGAGUUUGCCAUUAAGAAGCCGGCAGAGGUCAUCAAGGCCAAGGACUGGCAGUUCUUUGUGUGCGAGCCCAGCGAGGGCACGCUGGAGCCCGACCAGCGCAUGAACCUCAAGGUGAUGUUCACGCCCAUCCUGAACCGCGACGCGCCGUACGCCCAGGGCAUCCCGCUCAAGAUCAACCUCAACCCGCGCAUGAAGGAGCUGCAGGCGUCCGGCCGCGGCCUCACGCCGCGCGUGAUCUUCAGCCCCACAUUUGUGGACUGCGGCGCCAUCCUGCCCGCCUUCGAGGGCCAGGAGCCUAACGAGGCCAAGGUCAUCAUGUCCAACCCGUGCGCUUUCCCCAUCGAGGUGGUGUCGCUGGACUUUGACCCGCGCUACAGCCGGGACGAGGAGGCUCUCCGCGCCAUGGAGGGCUACAACGACAAUGGCGUGCUGUUCCUGCCGCCGCUGAAGCCCGGCGACACGCUCUGGCCUGAGGUGGCGGAGGCUGCGGCGCAGAAGAAGCGCAUGGAGGCGGCAUCGGCGGAGGCGCAGGCGGCGCAGGACGCGGCGGCGGUGUCCGCCGGCGGCGCGCCGCCGGCGGGCGCGGGCCGCGAGGAGGAGGGCGUGGGCAGCCUGGAGGCGGUGGCGGGCGCGGGGCCGCUGGGCGCGCACUUCAGCGCCGGCAACGUGGGCGCGGGGCCGCAGAAGGUGCUGGCGGUGGUGACGGGCCCCAGCAAGGUGGGCGCCACCACGCAGGCCAAGCUGCUGGGCACACGCUACGGCGUGCCGGUCAGCAACCUGGACGACCUGCUCAUGGCCGCCGCCGACCUGGACCCGCCGCCGGAGGAGCCGGCGGCGGCGCCGCCGCCCGCACUGAUGGAGCCCAUGGACGGCGAGCCGGGCAGCGACGGCGAGGGCGCGCCGCCUCCCGUCGAGUCCAUGGAGGCGCCGCCGCCGCCGUUCGACACGGAGAUUGCCGACCUGCUGUACGACCACGUGCUGUCCGAUCCGGAUCACGAGGGCAAGCCCGACUACGUGCCGCCGCACACCAAGCUGAAGCAGCCGGAGCUGUACGGCCUGGUGGUGCGCGGCCUGCGACACCUGCUGGUGCAGCAGCCGGUGGCGUACGGCAAGGGGCUGGUGCUGGACGGCCUGGCGUCGCGCUACCUGCCGCCGCCGCUGGUGGCUAAGGCGCUGCUGGAGGCGCUGGGCAUGGAGCAGGUGAUGCCGCCGCCCCCGCCGCCGCCGGCGGAGCCGGUGGCGGACGCCAAGGGCAAGAAAGCGGCGCUCAAGAAGGGCGAGGAGCCACCGCCGCCCACGCCACCGCCGGCGGUGGAGCCGCUGGGCUGGCGUGGGCCGGUGCAGGUGUUCUUCGUGCAGCUCAGCGCCUCGCCGGAGACCCUGGUGACGCGCAGCCGGCUAGCGGCGGUGGAAGCGGCGGCAGCGCUGGACGGCGCGGCUUUUGACCUGCUGGUGCCGACGGCGUCCGUGAACGCCCCGUCAGCCCCCGCUGCGGCUGCCGGUGCACUGCCACAGGGCUCGCGUCUGGGCACGCCGCUCAUGUCUCUCACUGGCGAGGCGGCUCCCAAUGCCGCUGGUCCUCCGCCCAGCACGCCGCCGCCCGCAACGUCGUCUGGUGCGGCGCCGCUGGUUGACAUCUCGCCCUCACCCGUGCCUGGCGAGGAGUUGCCCGCACCUGUGCCCGCUCCCGCCCUAGACGAGGCAGGGAAGAGGCAGGUGGAGGAGGCCGCCAGAGCUAUUGCGGAUUAUGAGGCGUCGGUGGCCAAGCUGGUGCGCGAGCUGGGGCCCGCCGGGCCCGAGAACGCGGUGCUGCACCGGUCCGUGUCGGCGGAGGGCGCGGAGGACAAGGUGCACAAGCUGGCGGUGGGCAUGGCCUUCCGCAUGGGCGUGCUGUCCACGGCGCUGCCGGCGGCGCCCUGCGACAAGGAGCUGGUGCCGCCGCGCUUCGCGAUGCAGAUUGUACCCAAGCCGCGCCCGCGCGCCGCACGCACGCCCGUGCAGCGCUUCAAGGUGUUCACGCUCAUCGACUACACCAAGGAGGGCGCGCCGCCGCCACCGCCGCCGCCACCACCUCCACCGCCGCCGCCAACGCCUCCAGGCAAGUCCAGGGGCAAGGGCAAGGAGGAGCCGCCGCCGCCGCCGCCACCGCCGCCGCCGCCCACACGGGCGCUGGUGUCGGACACGCGCUGGGUCAUUCCCGCUGGCGGCUCGGUGGAGCUGCUGCUGCAGUUUGCCUCGCCCGAGGUGGGCAAAUUCACGGAGACGCUGGCGUUCGACGUGCUGGGUGGCGAGCGCCUGAACACGCUGGUGGUGACGGGCACGUGCGACUACCCGCACAUCUCCACGGACUACCGCAACGUGUUCUACAAGAAGGUCAAGGCGCGGCCGCAGACGCCGCUCAUCCGCGGGCAGUACAUCAUCAACAAGGGCCAGUUCGAGUUCGGGCCGCUGCUGCAUUCCAAGGACGCGACCGGCUACCUGGAGGGCUCGCACCCGGACAACACGGCCCGCAUCCGCAUCACCAACAACGGCCUCUUCGACAACCACGUCGAGUUCAGCCUCAAGAGCGUGGAGCAGGCCCGGGCGGAAGAGGAGGCCGCGGCAGCGGCCAAGGGCGGCAAGAAGCCCGACCCCAAGAAGCCGGAGCCCAAGAAGCCCGACCCCAAAGCCAAGGACGGCAAGGGCGGGAAGGGCGGCAAGGGCGGCGCGGAGACGCCGCCGCCCGGGCUGACGCUUGACAACGUGUUCACGCUGUUCCCCGUGACCCUGGACCUCAAGGUGGAUGAGACGCAGGAGCUGAGCGUGUAUGCCUUCCCCGUGGACGACGGCCUGGUGGAGGACGUCAUUGUGUGCCGCAUCAAGGACAACCCCACGCCGGUGGAGUUCCCCAUCAGCGUCAUCGGCGCCAAGCCGCAGGUGCAGGUGCGGCUGAACGACGGCACGCCGCCGCCGGACCCCGCCGCGCCGCCCGCCACGCCGCCGCCCAACAAGCUGCUGACGGAGGGCAUCAUGUUUGAGCGGCUGCUGGUGAACAAGAAGGACGUCAAGGCCUUCACCAUCACCAACCCCGGCCUGCUGCCAAUCAAGUGGCGACUGGCCAACACCGCCACACUGCCCAAGGAGUUCACGGUGUACCCGCAGUCUGGCGAGCUGGCGGCGCGCUCGGACGUGGUGGUGACGGUGGAGUUCGCGGCGGUGGAGAAGCGGCUGUGCGAGGCCAAGCUGGCGCUGGAGGUGCUGGACGUGCAGGAGCUGCAGGGAGUGGCGCACAGCAUCCCGCUGCCCAUCAAGGGUGAGGCCUACAAGAUCGAGAUUGACAUCAACUUCCCGCAGGCCAACUUCCCGGGCGUGGACUACGGCACGCUGCGGGUGGUGGAUGACGUGGCCAAGCCCAUCGUGAUCAAGAACACCGGCAAGUAUGCGAUUUCGUACAACUUCAGCAUGAAGCCGCUGUCGGUGCUGACGGGCCUGCUCACCAUCACGCCGGCCUCUGGCAACAUUGACCCCGGCAAGGACGCUCGGAUUGAAAUGGCCUGGAACAAGGACAAGUCGCUCAGGAAUGAGGUGAUGCUGAUGGGCAACAGCGACGUAACGCUGUCCAUCAUUGAGCCGCUCACCACAAACCGCGAGGACACCAUCCCCAUCCAGAUCAGCGGCCACGCCGUGUUCUCCAAGUACGCCGUCACGCCCGCGCGCGGCAUCCACUUCGGCCCCGUCACCUACAACACCGCGUCCAAGCCCAAGGUGGUGGAGAUCACCAACCUCGGCCAGUUUGAGUUCAAGUUCCGACUGUUCAAUCACGCCAACGGCCCGCCGCCGCCCAUCCCAGUGGAGGCACCGGCCGCGGGCAAGGGCAAGGGCGGCGCCGCCGCCGCCGCGCCGCCGCCCGCCGCCAAGGGCAAGGGUGCACCGGUGACGGCCAUGACCAUUGGCCAGUUCACCUUCGACCCGCCCGAGGGCUCCAUUCCUCCAGGCGGCCGCCGUGAGGUGGCCGUUGUGUUCAAUGCCGUCAACGCCAGCGUGUACAGCGAGGUGCUUGGCAUUGACAUCAGCGAGCGCGACUUCGGCGACCAGCCAGCCGGCAUUCCCAUCGAGGUGGCGGGCGAGAGCUGCAUCCCCGGCAUUGAUGCCGAGAACACGGUGGCCAUUUUCGAGGAGCACACCAUCUCCGCCUCGCUGGACCCCUUCAACCCCAUCAACAACGAGUUCAGCACGCGCGAGCGCGUGUUCAACUUCGGUGCGGUGCUGGCAAAGCUGGGCGCGCCGGAGGGCAGCGACGGCAGCGCCACGCCGCCGCGUGCCAGCACGCCGCCCAAGGGCGCGGCCAAGGGCAAGGGCAAGGACGAGGUGGAGGCGUCUCCGGGCGUGGCGGCAGCGCCGCACGCCGUGCGCGCCAACCUCAAGUUCAUCAACCCGGUCAAGGUGCCGUGCGUGGUGAACUUCAGCAUCAAGCCGCGCGGCAACCUACCGCCCGGCCAGGCGCUGCCCAUGGAGAUUUCGCCGUCGCAGCUGGUCAUCCCGCCGCUGGAGUACCGCUACACCGCGCUGUACUUCGCGCCGCGCGCCAUCCAGUCCUAUCUCGCCACCUUUGAGGCAACAGUGGAGAACGGCGGCGACCCCAAGACCAAGUCCUUCACCUGCGAGGUCCGCGGCGAGGGCACACUGCCCACGCUCACCAUUGCGGAGCCGACGGUGGUGGACCCGCAGGGCCGGCCGCUGGUCAAGUUUGCGCGGCUGCUGCGCGGCCGCACCGCCACUGCACGCAUCACGCUCAAGAACAACGGCAUCCUGCCCGCCAAGGCGCGCAUCGAAAUGGCGCCGCACGGCUCCUUCCGCCUGGAGGGCGGCGGCGCCACGGGCAGUAUGGGCCCGCAGGGUGAGGCGUUCACGGUGGAGAGCAAGCGCAGCGUCACCUACACGGUGGCCUUUACGCCGGAGGCGGUGGGGCCCGCGGCGCACGAGCUGAAGCUGCGUGUGGCCAACAACCCGUUCGAGGACUACCGCUUCCUGCUCACGGGCGAGGGCUACCAGGAGGACGUCACCUUUGACCACCUGCCCAACGACGCGCUGGACGAGCUGCGGCUGCAGGACGGCCCCGUCGGCCGGCCGGUGCAGGCAGUGUUCACACUGCGCAACCACUCGGCCUCCAAGCACUUCCGCUUCCGCUGGCCGGCGGCAGGCGCGGCCGGCUCCAACCCCUGCCUGGCCUUCUCGCCGGCGGUGGGACACUUGAUGGCGGGCAGCAGCAAGGACGUGACGCUCACGUUCUCGGCGGAGGCGCCGGUGAAGCUGUCGCCGCACGACGUGAAGCUGACCAUUGCGCAGAUCACGCACGCGGCAGAGGCCCACGCAGUGGACUGGGACGACCGGUCAGUGGUGGUGGACUACGGAUUGGGCGUGGGGCCAGACGGGCUGCCGGUGGCCAAGCCGGAGCCGGAGCCGCAGGUGACGGAGGUGGCGGGCAGCGGGCGCGAGCUGCUGCUGCACGUGUUUGCCACCGCCGACAACGCGCGCUACACGUCGGAGGCGGGGCCCAUCAUGUUCAAGCCGACCAUGAUGUUCCAGACCCGCACCUACACCUUCCCGCUCACCAACACCUCCACCGCGCGCAUGGACUACAAGUUCACGGUCACACAGCCCGACGGCAACACCGCCGACGCCAGCGGACUGUACACCGUCAGCCCCGCCGGCGGCGUGGUGGAGGCGGGCGCCACUGCCACCAUCACCGUCAAGUUCUCGCCGACGGAGGUGGACGACUGCGCGCGCGUGCUGACGUGCCACAUCCCGCACCUGGACGCUUCCUGCGAGCCGUUCGCUCGGCCACUGGGCGGGCGCGUGCUGCGGCCGUGGGCGCACUUCGAGCUGCCCGACUCGGACUACCUGUCGGGCGGGCGGCGCAGCCCCGACAUGCCUGGGCCCUCCGGCGCCAUUGAGCCACUGGACCCCGGCACCCGCGUGCUGGAGGCGGAGUCGCUGGGCGUGCGCGUGCGCAACACCAAGCGCUUCUUCGUGCUCAAUCCCACUGGCAUCUCAUACGAGUUCUUCUGGACGCCCGUCAACAAGGCACAGGAGGCUGGCCCCUUCACCUGCACCACACUCCGCGGCGUGAUUGGCGGCGGGCGGCGGUUCGAGAUGGUGUUUGAGUACACGCCCGCAACUGACGCGGUGGUGGAGUCGUUCUGGACAUUCCGCAUCCCGGAGCAGAACAUUGAGGUGCCGUUCCUGCUAGUGGGCCUGGUGUCGGAACCACGCGUGAUGCUGGACCGGCCGUCGGUCAACUUUGGCCAGAUCCUCAUCGGCUGCAAGGGCCACGCCACGCUCACGCUGGUCAAUAACGAGCACCUGCCCUUCCAGUUUGCCUUCGACAAGAACUCCUACGAUGCUACGGAGGAGCUCAUCAAGGCGACCGGGCUGCGGCCGGUGGUGGAGCUGGAGCCGUCCAGCGGCGUGGUGCCGGCGCAGGGCAGCGUGUCCAUUGCCGCCACCUUCACGCCGCGCCUGGAGCGCGAUAUCAACUACAACCUGCUGUGCACGGUGAAGAACAAGCCCACGCGGCUGACGCUCAACGUGAAGGGCGAGGGCACCGCCAUUCACGAGGCGCUGCAGCUUGAGAACGCGGACGGCACCACUGUGACCAUGGCGCCGCGGCAGUCCAACACGGUGGACUUCGGGCAGGUGCUGGUGAACGAGCGCUGCGUGCGUGCGCUGGCGCUGGUCAACAGCGGGCAGGUCAACUUCAACUUCAUUUGGGACGUGGGCACCAACCCGCGCGUCAACAUCAGCCCUGAGGGCGGCACGGUGCCGCGCGGCGAGCGGCUGGUGUGCGAGCUGAGCUACAACCCGCAUGGCCCUGACAGGCUGAAGGACUACAAGGUGUCUUGCCAGGUGCUCAACGGCCCCAAGUACACGUUGCUGCUCAACGGCGUGGGCCACAAGCCGCGCCUGGACCUGUCCUGGUUCAACCACGACUUCGGGUUGCAGCCGGUGUUCAUUCCAGGCAUGACGCCCGCCGUCAAGGCGCUGCGCCUGCGCAACGAUGACGCGCAGCCCAUCAGUGUGGACCCGCACUGGGACGCCAACGCGCCCAGCGCCGGCGACUGGCAGGUGGACUGUGGCGCCCUGGUGCUGCAGCCCGGCGAGAGCCGCGAGUGGGUGGUCACGUUCCGGCCGCGCGGCGCUGCCGUGUGCGCCAUGUCGCUGCCGCUGGAAAUCAACGGCCUGUACACAGUGCACGUGGAGGCCAAGGGCGAGGGCAGCCCGCUGCGUGUGGAGGUGGCCAACCCCGCCCACCGUGCCGUCAACUUUGGCCCUGUGGCGGGCGGCGGCUCAUCCACGCGAGUCGUGCCCAUCAUCAACCGCGGCCGCACCACCGCUGUGCUCAGCCUGGCGCCCAGCGCCGAGCUGCUGGCGCGCUGCGCGGUGGACGUCAUCCCCGCGCCCACCACCGAGCUGUUGCUGCGGCCUCGCGAGAGUGCCGACCUCACCUUCUUCUUCAAGCCGCAGGCCCGAAUGCGGCCCUUCACGGAGGAGCUGGUGGUCAACCUGUGCGGCGUGCCGACGCCGCUGGCCACGCUCACUGGCGCCUGCCUGGGCACAGAGCUGCGGCUUGCAAGCGACUCGCUGCCGUUUGGCCCGGUGGUGCUGGGCAGCCGAGUGGUGAAGCGGCUGCAGCUGGAGAACACGGGCGACGUGGGCACCAAGUUCGUGUGGGACACGCGCGCGCUGGGCUCGCAGUUCUCCAUCUUCCCUGCGGACGGCUUCCUGGCGCCUGGGCAGGACGUGAAGCUGGACGUGACGUUCCACCCCACGGAGGUCAACCCCGACAUCCGCGUGGACAAGAUCCGGCUCAAGGUGGAGGGCGGCGCUGACAGCACGCUGACGCUUACCGGCGCCUGCGUCGCCACCGCGGCGCAGCCCGAGGUGGUGAACUUCAGCUGCAACGUGCGUGCGCAGGCGCAGCAGACCAUCACCAUCACCAACAGCACAAGCAGCGCCUGGGCGCUGCGGCCGGUCGUGGCCAACGACUUCUUCAGCGGCCCGGAGUCGCUGUCCGUCGCCGCCAACAGCAAGGCCACGUACCAGGUCACCUUCCGGCCGCUCACCAUGUCCACGCCGGACCGCCCGCAUGAGGGCAGCGUGUUCUUCCCCAUCCCCGACGGCUCCGGCCUCCUGUACCGGCUGGUGGGGCGCGCCGAGGCGCCGGUGCCGGAGGGCAAGCUCGAGCGGCAGAUCGUGGCCAAGACGCAGCACACCGAGGUGCUCAAGUGCCACAACUGGCUGCACAAGCCGCAGCGCUUCCGUGUGCUGGUGGAGCGCAAGGGCGGCGACAAGAGCACGCAGCUCAGCACGCCCGAGUACGUGGACGUGCCGCCGCUGAGCUCCAAGGACAUCAAGCUGGGCGUGUACAGCUACACCGCCUCCACCACGCUGGCCAACGUCACCUUCAAGAACGAGUCUAGCGGGGAAUACCUGUUGUACGAGCUCAAGCUGGUGGCGUCGCCUCCCGCGUCGCGCGGCACGCUGUCGCUGGAGUGCCCGGUGCGCACGCAGACCUCUUGCAAGGUGACGGUGGCCAACCCCCUGCCGGAGGAUGUGACGGUCAAGGCGGCCUCCAGCAACAAGCAGGUGGUGGUGCCGGCAACCGUCGUGCUGCGCGCCAACGCCAGCACGGACGUGGAGGUCAGGUACCGGCCACUGGUGGUGGGCGCCUCGGAGGCCACGCUGAAGCUGGAAAGCGCGGAGCUGGGGCUGUUCGAGUGGGGACUGCGGCUGGCGGGCACGCCCACCAACCCCGAGCGCAGCCUGGGCUUCAACGUGCCGCUGGGCGGCCGCGAGACGCAGGUGUUCCGCUUCACGCACUGGCUGGACGAGAAGGCCGACUACAAGGUCUCAUUCAAGAGCAGCGGCACGAACACGGCCACGGGCGGUGCCUUCACGGCGCCGCCCACAGUGUCCGCCACGCCGGCUGCGAGCGGCGCGGGGCAGGCGGGCACGGAGGCGAGCCUGGAGGUGGCGUUUGAGCCGACGGCCAUCGGCGAGAACAUCCGCGACAUGCUCAUCCUUACCUCCGCCACGGGCGGCGAGUACCAGUGCCCGCUGGUGGGCCGCUGCAUCCCGCCCAAGCCGCAGGGCCCCGUGGACGUGUCCAAGGGCUCCGCGGCGCUACCGUUCAGCAACGUUUUCUCGGCUGAUGCGGACUUCCAGCUAGCGGUUGACAACCCGGCGUUCCAGGUGAAGCCCGUGGAGCGCAUCGGGUCCAAGAAGGCAUCCAACAUUGGAAUUACGUUCAAGCCGCCGGAUGCAAAGGCCGGCGGCGGAAAGGGCAAGGACGUGGCAGCAGCAGAGGUGCCGGCGGGCCCCGUGUCGCGCACGGGCAAGCUGACAAUCUCGUGCCCGUCGCAGACGAGCAGCCAGUGGGUGUACUAUCUGCAGGCUUAGGUUGGGUGCAGUCUGUGAGGUUAACUGGGUACGCCGCAUAGGAGCGGGGGCCGUCGGGUGACGACAUAGCAGAUAAAGGUGCUGUGAUUGAGCGUGACAGCGUGUGAAAGUUUGUGAGCUUGAUCAUGGCAUUUGAGCUAGGAGUACGGACAAAGUGUUGCGCAUGUAUAAAGCAAGGAUGAGCAGCAUGUGAAGCUGCAGUGUGAACGUACAGCUGAGACUGCAUACUUGCAGGCACGAGGGGAGGUCGCAGAGUUCGUGGGGUUCGUGUGCAAGAAGGCGAAGCGCCCUUCGGCAGCGCUGACUGAGGUGAUAGAGGGUAGACAUAUGAGUCUCAGCGGCCAUCCCUGUAAAGCUAAAAAAUU